AUGAAGGAAAAUUUUCAAGUUUUCGGUGAGUUUUUGUUGAAAAUUCCCAAAAAUUUCCAAAUUUUGAGCUGAAAAUCCGCAAAAAUCCGAGAAAACCGACUGGAAAGCUAUUGUUAUUGCGGCUUUGGUGACUUUUAUCGCUGCUAUUGAGAAUACGGUUAUUGGAAUGAGUGAAUGGGCUUAUAUGAAUGAGGUGAGGUGAAAAUUAUUGAUUUUUCUGAAUUUUUCAUCAAAAACUACCCCUAAACCUUGAUUUUCGGGUAAAUUUUUUAAAUUUACUUUCUUUGCGGAUUUUUAAGGAUUUGCGCGUCAAAUCUAGUGUUCUACAGUACUCCAAGAUUAUUUAUAGAAAAAUAUACGCUAUUUAGUCCAAGGAGCGAGUUUCUAGCUAUCCUAGAAGCUGAGAUACGAUUUUGGAAAGUGGGCGCUGCUUAUUUUUCUCUGCACUCUCUCAAAAUAAUGCAUAGGCGCUGCUUAUUUCAAAAGUGGGCGGAGCUUAUUUGGGCGCUGCUUAUUUUUCUCUGCGCUCUCUCAAGGUUUAACAUAGGCGCUGCUUAUUUCUCAAAAGUGGGCGGAGCCUAUUUGGACGCUGCUUAUUUUCUUUUCCAAAGUGGGCGCUGCUUAUUUUUCUCUGCGCUCUCUCAAAAUAAUGCAUAGGCGCUGCUUAUUUUCUUCUAAAAAGUGGGCGCUGCUUAUAUUUUCAGAUCGAUAAAGUGGCUGAUGCUCAAUUCUUCGGCAAUGCCACCUCAAUUUCCAAAGCCUUUCAUGCUCUCGCUGCCCUAUUUUUCGCAUUUUGGUGUUUUCGCGCUCAAAACUUCCGUGCUCCUUUGAUUUUCGGGAGAUUGUUGGCGUUUUCUGCGUGCAUACUGUAUUUGUGCGUGGAAUUAUCCGAAAAUUCUCGUCGAUAUUUGAUGGCUUUGUGUUAUAUUUUAUUCGGAAUCGCUUCGAGUUCUAGUUCGAUUUUACGUGCAUAUGUGGCAGCUAUUUCUCUAGAAUCCGACAGACCACAGGCUUAUAGUGCUAUCACAGCUGCUACUAUGUUGAGUAUUAUUAUUGGACCUUGUGAGUUGAUUUUUUAGCAGCUGGGAACUUCUAAAUAAAAUAUUACAGUAAUCCAAGCCGCAUUCACCGGGUUCAUAUACCCAGGAAUCGAAAUUCUGCCAAAUAUCCGAUUUCAUUUAUAUUCUGCACCAGUUUGGGUGGCCGCAGCCACCAAUUUCCUGUCAAUUGCAAUUAUUUGCUGUUUUUUGAAGGAAUUACCGAAAAGAGCGAAGAGUACGAUGGGUAAGUUGCGGUAGAUCACGAAAUUCUGCGUCGAAUGGUGUAGCAUACUCCUAGAUUACUGUAGAUUCAUGAGAACACUAUAUUUGACGCGCAAAUACAGAGAAAAAUUAGCAGCGCCUAUGUAUUAUUUGAAGAGAGUGCAGAGAAAUAGGCUCCGCCCACUUUUUAAGCAGCGCCUAUGCAUUAUUUUGAGAGAGCGCAGAGAAAAGCUUGUAGGAUAGCUAGAAACUUGCUCCUUGAACCAAAACAUUCGGAAUUUUCUGGAGAUUAAUUUUAAAUACUGUAACACACCACAAUUGACGCGCAAAAACCUCAAAACGUCUUCAGCUCGUGAAAAAUCGUUGCUCACCCUAAAAGGUCUUCGCAAUCGUCUCGACACCAUUGCUCAUCUCAAACUCGACUGGCCUACAGUAACCCUUUGCUGGUUGAUGAAAAUCAUAUCAAUGUUAUCUGUGGUCACCCUUCAAACCCUAGUUUCCCUAAUUUACAUCAAUAAUUAUGGCUGGACCCGUUCAAAUACCGUAUUCUCGAUUUCGAUUUUAAUGGGUACUGUAGGCGUUUUAUCACUGACUAUUGCAUUUUUAUACUUUUUCUGCAAUUUGGGAAAAUUGUGAGUUUUUUUUUAGUUUUUUUCUUUUGGCGCUAAAAAUACCGUACUUCAGACUUUCUCAACGAUUCGCCGUUUUGUUUGGAAUGUGCAUUUUUGCCACCAUGUAUUUUUUGGCUUAUCCAUGGGAGCCAAUUAGUCAACAUGUGGCACAGUAUAAUGGUGGGUUACUGUAGAAAACGCGGAUUAGCGUGAAAUUCUAUGUAGAUUUCAGAGAAACACCAUAUUUGACGCGCAAAUGCAGAGAAAAAUAAGCAGCGCCUAUGUGUUAUUCUGAGAGAGCGCAGAGAAAAAUAGGCAGCGCCCACUUUUUAAGCAGCGCCUAUGAAUUAUUUUGAGAGAGCGCAGAGAAAAAUAGGCAGCGCCCACUUUUUAAGCAGCGCCUAUGUAUUAUUUGAAGAGAGCGCAGAGAAAAAUAAGCAGCGCCCACUUUUGAAAUAAGCAGCGCCUAUGUCUAAUUUUGAGAGAGCGCAGAGAAAAAUAAGCAGCGCCCACUUUUGAAAUCAUAUUUCAGCUUGUAGGAUAG